GCGGAUGACGAGUUUGAACAUCUUCAUGAUGAUGAGGAGUUUGAGAACUUUGACAGAGAAAAAGAUUCCCCCAAGACCAAGACUCCAGACAAAUUGCCAGACUUACAGAUGGCAAAGGUACCACUUCACUUAAGAACAAGCUGGGACAGCUUCUACCUUGAGAUUUUAAUGAUUGCUGGCCUGACUGUAUAUUUCCUCAACUUUUUGGCGGGAAAAUCCAAGAAUUGCAAGCUGGCAACAGCCUGGUUAUCAGCUCAUAAAGAACUGCUGGAAUCACAAUUUAGUAUCGUUGGAGAUGACGGUACAUCAAAGGAAGUAACCACUGGAGUGUUGAUGAAAGAGUCUGAAAAUGUGUAUGCCUUGUGGUGCAGUGGUCGCACCUGUGUGGAAGGCAUGCUGGUUGAGUUGAAACUUCUCAAGCGACAGGAUCUCAUUAAUCUGUUACUGCGGAUAUUCAAACCAGCAUCAGAUCAAGUGAUUGUUAAAGUUGAGCUAGAGGAAGGAAAGGUGGAUGGGUUUGUGUUUUGUAUUGCCCAGAAGCGAUCUGCUGCUAAGCUUCACAAAGACAUGACUGAUUUGAGUCAGUUUACUGAAAAGAAAAGCCUGGAGAAAUUUGAUGUGCCCGCUUCCUACCAACUUUUGUCUGAGAUAGGAGAGGGAACUGCUGCUGUGCUUGAUAAACGGGUGUGUCAGAUGUUGACCAGGUAUGAAGGAGUCAUCGAGUAUAUUCAUGUUUCCGACCAGUACUCUGGUGUCAAAAUUCAAGAAGAUAAUCAGCAAACAAAAAUGCCAGAGACUAAGCCUUGUCUGUUGUUCUGCUUUACAAUCUCAGGAAAAGGUAAGACAAGGGUGUCAGACAUGGAGAAUCUGAAACCAUUGAUGCAGUUGGUAUUUUACUGCAUAGACAAGUUGUCUCGCUUCCAGCUGAGUAAAGAGGCUAGAAUGAAAUCUGAGAAGAACCGUCAGAAAGCUGAAGAACAAUUUUUGAAGGCGGCUCACACUCAGAGACAAGAAUUGGCCCAGCAGAGACGGGAGGAGAAGAAAAGGGCGGAGAAAGAGAAGCUGAUGGCAGAGGAGGAUCCAGAUAGGGCCCGAAAACUUGAGGAUCGUGAAACUCGACGGGAGUCCAGGAAAAAGCAGCCGAAGAUGAAAAUGAUGAAGGCUUGCUGA